CAAAUGGUCCGGAAGCAGGAGAAGCGAAUGGGGCUCUAUGGCUCUGGAAAGACUCUCUCCAGAUGACUCCGGAUCUGGCUUGCUUGCAUCUUGGAUCCUUGCAGGGCAUUGGCUCAAUCCCUUCAGUGCUUUAGACUGAGAAUAUGCAUUGUAAAUAAAUAGAUGGCUUUGAAUGCUGCAGCCCAAGAAGCCCUGCAGAGUUAGAGAAUGGGGCUGAGUCUCCUUGCAGAGGCAAUGGAGGCAGGCAGUCCUCUUUCCUAGAGGAAGUGGGAGCAUGGGAUUUGUUCCUCUUCUGGAUGGAAGCAGGCAGGAUUUCCCAUUGUGAACUCUAAAAUGUCCAAGAUGGAGCAGGAGGAAGAAAUAAGCAGAUCAACUCCCCAAAAUCCUGGGGAGAGCAAGAAUCCGGAUGACACUGGCUCAGAAAUGAGUCUCACGGAGGACACUAUGGCUUCUGCUGCCAUUACUGUUGCCACAGCUGCAGUAGCGGCAGUCAGGACUGUCAUAGGGAUCCACACUCGUAUUUUCACAAGGCUGGCCACUCGCCGGGAAUUCCACCACCGAGACAGUGACGAUGUGGAGGAACUGGAGAAGAUGGUGGAAAACGCAGCCACCUUGCGCCUUCGGGCGGUCGUAGAAUCCAGCAUAGACUCCUUGAGGAGCAUGCUGUGCUCUUGCCUCUUCCAGUCACCGGCAGUCCUCGCCGGACUCAUAGACGAGCUUUACAUCAUGGAGCGGGCUUUCUGGGUGCAGCCAGGCCGAUCCGAAUGGUGGGAGAAGGUGGUCUUGCCCCACUGGGGGGACCCGCUCUGGCAGGAAAACUUCAGGAUGAGCCGCCGGACUUUUAUGGAGCUGUGUGACAUGCUGAGGCCUGUCCUGGAGCGGCAGACCACAAACAUGCGAGCCCCGAUCACCGUCGAGAAGCAGCUGGCAAUUGCAAUCUGGAAGCUGGCCACUCCGGAUAGCUACCGUUCAGUGGCGGAGUGUUUUGGCGUUGGGCGCUCCACGGUUUCGAGGAUUGUCAUGGAGGUUUGCCAAGCUCUCUAUGAUGUGUGCCACCAUGUGGUCCACCUGACCCAUCCUCAUGAGGUGAUGAAAGGCUUUGCGUCCAAGGGAUUUCCGCACUGCAUCGGGGCCAUUGAUGCGACGCACAUCCCGAUCAUCGCUCCGGCUCAUAGAGCAACAGAGUACAUCAACAGCAAGGGCUAUUACUCCAUGGUCUUGCAAGCCCUGGUGGACCACCAAGGACAGUUCAUGGAUGUCUACGCCGGGCGGUCUGGGAAAGUCCAUGAUGCGAGGAUCUUCCGUAGCUCUCCUAUCUUCCGCGCCAUGAAUCAGGGCACAUUUGGUCCCAACACAACAAUGAACAUGGAGGGUGAGGAUGUGAAGCCCGUGAUCCUCGGGGACAUGGCUUACCCACUUCUUCCCUGGUUGAUGACUCCCUACAGCGGCCACUUGGACACCCGCAAACAAUUGUUCAACGACACUGUAGGUCGCUGCCGGACGAUAGUGGACUAUGCUUUUGAACGCCUCAGAGGCCGUUGGCGGUGCCUCCUGUCCCGCUUGGACGUGAGGGAGCGCUAUGCCCCCAGGGUCAUUGUAGCCUGUUGUAUCCUCCACAAUAUUUGUGAGGCCAGAGGGGAACCCCUCCAGGAUGGGUGGGAAGAAGUGGUGAGGUCCGUCUCCAGAUCUUACCAGCAGCCAGAAAGACAGCCCAUGUAUGUGUCAAAUCCACACGCUCGGGAGAUCAGGGAUCUUUUUAGUGCGUAUGUGGAACAGAGAGAACGGCAAAUGCAGGUCUAAAUCUCUCCCUUUUCUCCAGAGAAAUUCUUAUAUUUAUGUUUUGGACAGUAUCUUUAAUAGACACAAUAGAAGCAAGGAGGGUGAUGAAAAAAUCCCCACUAGAGUCAUGGGAGCAGAGUUGUAAGAGACCCCAAGGGCCAUCCAGUGCUACCUCAUUUGUCAGUGCAGGAAUGCCUAAUCAAACCACUCCUGACAGAUGGCCAUCCAGCUUCUGCUUACAAACCUCUAGAAAAGGAGACUCCCAGGAAGCAGCAUAUUCCACUGCAGAAUAGCUCUUGCUAAUGUUUAGGUGGAAUCUCUUUUCCUGCUAUAUGAACCCAUUGUUCAGUAUCCUACAGCCCUUCCUUCCACACAGCCGUAUAACCCAGAAUAUCAAGGCAGAAAAUCUCACAAAGAUACAGAAUGGGGGAGAAUGCCUGGUUCGAGAGCAGUACGUGUGAAUAAGAUCUUGGAGGCCUUGUGGACAGCAAGUUAAACAUGAGCCAACAAUGUCAUGUGGCGGCAAAAAAAGCCAAUGGGAUUUUGGCCUGCAUCAAUAGGAGCAUAGUGUCUAGAUCCAGGGAAGUCAUGCUACCCCUCUAUUCUGCCUUGGUUAGACCAGACCUGGAAUAUUGUGUCCACUUCUGGGCACCACAAUUGAAGAGAGAUAUUGACAAGCUGGAAUGUGUCCAGAGGAGGGCGACUAAAAUGAUCAAGGGCCUGGAGAACAAGCCCUAUGAAGAGCGGCUUAAAGAACUGGGCAUGUUUAGCCUGAAGAAGAGAAGGCUGAGAGGAGACAUGAUGAGGGCCAUGUAUAAUAUGUGAGAGGAAGUCACAGGGAUGAAGGAGCAAGCUGCUUCCCUGCAGACUAGGACAUGAGACAGUGGCUUCAAACUACAAGAAAGGAGAUUCCAUCUGAACAUGAGGAAGGACUUCCUGACUGUGAGAGCUGUUCAGCAGUGGAACUCUCUGCCCCAGAGUGUGGUGGAGGCUCCUUCUUUGGAGGCUUUGGCUGGACAGCCAUUUGUCAGGGGUGCUUUGAAUGCAAUAUUCCUGCUUCUUGUCAGGGGGUUGGACUGGAUGGCCCAUGAGGUCUCUUCCAACUCUAUGAUUCUAUCUACUUUGAACUGCAUUAUCUGAGUCCACAUUUCCAUGUAUUCCAGUUCAAAGCAGAUAAUGUGGGAUUUUAUUCAGCUGUGUAGAAGGGACUCCAGUCUCAAGAGCAGGCCUGCACAACUUGUGGCCUUCCAGAUGUUUGGGCGUCCGACUCUUAGAAGCCCUAGCCAGCUUGUCCACAAAUUCUGGGAGCUGAAGUCAAAAUACCUGGAGAGACACAGGUUGUGCAUGCCUGCUUCUGGGCAGCAGAAAACAAGCUUGUUGCCUUCUCAAUAUGGCAUCCUUUCAGAUAUUUCAACAUGGCUACCUUGUCCCCUUUCCGCCUCCUUUUUUCCAAGCUAAACAUACCCAGCUCCCCCAGCUGUUCUUCACAGGACUUUGUUUCUAAACCUUUAAUCGUUUUGGUCACCCUUUUCUGGGCACCUUCCAGUUUAUUAAUAUCCUUUUUGAAUUGCUGCAACCAGAACAGGACACAGUGUUAUUCCAGGUGAGAUCUGACCAAACAGAAUAGAGUAGGACUAUGACUUUACUUGAUUUUGGCACUGUAUUAUUGAUAGUAAAGGUAAAGAUUUUCCCCUGAUGUUAAGUCCAGUCGUAUCUGACUCUGGGGGUUGGUGCUCAUCUCCAUUUCUAAGCCGAAGAGCCAGCAUUGUCCAUAGACACCGCCAAGGUCAUGUGGCUAGCAUGACUGCAUGGAGCGACGUUGACUGCGUUGAGCCCCUGGUGGCGCAGUGGGUUAAACGACUGAGCUGCUAAACUUGUUGACUGAAAGAUUGCAAGUUCGAAUCCGGGGAGCGGCCUGAGCUUCCACUGUCAGCCCCAGCUUAGCAGUUUGAAAACAUGCAAAUGUGAGUAGAUCAAUACGUACCGCUCUGGCGGGACUAGAUAAUGAGCAAUUAUAUAAGGUAAAGCCCCUGAAAACAGACUUUUUAAGAAGGCUGAUUGUUGCCUUCCUGAGAAGCCAUUUCCUUUUCACAUCUAUAGAUGGAAAUACUUAGCCAAUCUUCGUUUAUCCAACGUUCUGUAUUAUCUAACGCAGUCUGCCUUCCGCCCAGACCCACAGGUGAGAGAAGUGGAGUGUAUAUUUACCUGUGGAAUAAUGUCCAAGGUGGGAGAAAGAACAAACUCUUGCCUGUUUUGGUGCUAAAUUCGUAAAUACAGUAAUUACUACAUAACAUUACCAUGUAUUAAACUGCUUUUUCUGUCAAUUUGUUGUAAAACAUGGUGUUUUGGUGCUUAAUUUGUGAAAUCAUAACGUAAUAUGAUGAUUAAGGCUUUUUCUUAAUCCCUCUUUAUUAUCUAACAAUUUCGCUUAUCCAAUGUUCUGCCAGCCUAUUUAUGUUGGAUAAGCGAGACUCUACUGUACCUGCAUUUCAAGUGAUUUCAAAUGGUCAAGGAUGUAUUCACAGACCUCUUAAAUGUAGUUUUCAUAGUGUGUUGAUAUAUGGUGGUCCAAUCUCUUACUGACCUAUAUAUGUGUUUGACUGCUGUUUAUAAUUAAUCUGUGUUGGGUAAUUAAUAUACUUCCAAAAAUAGAAAAUAAAAUAAAAUCUGACACAAUAGGUUCGAUUUUGGGUUUUGUACUUGGAAUGGAGGGAGAAUGUAUUGAUCAGUUUUCCAUUGUAUUAAUUGAAAGUUAGAGGCAGAACAUUGAAAUGCAAUAUGCAGAGUAAGAAUAAAAUGUACUUUUGUAACAAA